GGUGGGUGGGUUUUUACCCCCUUUCCCCCCUUUCUCCCCCGCCAUGGAGGGCUCUGAGCUGCCCAUCCGCCGCCACCGGCGGGCCCUGGUGCGGGCCGUCAGCGAGCGGCCCUUCCUCAUCGUCACCGGCGAGACGGGCAGCGGGAAGAGCACGCAGCUGCCCAAGUAUCUGUACGAGGCAGGCCUCGCCGAGCACGGAGCCAUCGGGGUGACACAGCCCCGCCGCGUUGCCACCAUGUCGGUGGCGCAGCGUGUGGCCGAGGAGAUGGGCUGUGAGCUGGGCGGCCUCGUGGGGUAUCAGGUCCGAUUCGAUGACUGCAGCUGUGAGGAGACUGCCAUCAAGUAUAUGACCGACGGCUGCUUAUUGAGGCAUAUAUUAGCAGACCCCCUUCUCAGCAAGUACAGCAUCAUCAUUUUGGAUGAAGCCCAUGAGCGGAGCCUCAGCACUGAUAUUUUAUUUGGCUUGCUGAAGAAACUAUUUCUACAGAACAAGCCACCAGGCAGGAAGACAGAAAUGAAAGUGGUGGUGAUGUCAGCCACCCUGGAGGUGGAUAAGCUCUCAGAGUUCUUUGGGCAUUGCUCAGUGCUGCAUAUUCCAGGAAGAAGUUACCCAGUAAAGGAGAUAUUCUGCAACCUGCUCAGCCCACGGGACACUGGAAGCUCUGCGUAUGUUACAGAGGCUGUGAAAGUGACGUUGGAUAUCCACUUAAAUGAACCAGAAGGUGACAUCUUGGUUUUUCUGACAGGUCAAAUUGAGAUAGAAAAAGCCUGUGAUCUCCUUUUCAAGAAAGCAGAGUCUAUUGAUUACCGAUAUGAAGUACAUGAUCAGUCUAUUGAGGGACUGCUUAUCUUACCAUUGUAUGGGUCAAUGUCAACAGAUCAACAGAAGAGAAUAUUUUUGCCAGCUCCCAAAGGAAUCAGAAAAUGUGUGGUAUCUACAAACAUUGCUGCAACGUCUCUGACCAUUGAAGGAGUCAGGUAUGUAGUAGACAGUGGAUUUGUGAAGCAGUUGAAUCAUAACCCCCGAGUUGGCUUGGACAUAUUGGAAGUGGUUCCCAUUUCAAAGAGUGAAGCAAUGCAGCGAGCUGGCCGAGCUGGCAGGACAUCAUCUGGGAAGAGCUACCGGCUAUACAGCACAGAAUUCUGGGAGCAGUGUAUGCCUGAUCACACAGUUCCCGAGAUACAGAGAACCAGCCUGACAUCUGUGAUCCUGACCUUGAAGUGCCUUUCUGUGCAUGAUGUCAUAAGAUUUCCCUAUUUGGACCGUCCUGAAGAAAGGCAUAUUUUAGAAGCUCUCAAACAACUUUACCAGUGUGAUGCUAUUGACAGGAGAGGCCACGUGACGAGACUGGGUGAAUUCCUGGUGCAGUUUCCCCUCCCUCCCAACCUGUCCUGUGCUGUCAUAAAAGCUGCUUCUCUUGAUUGUGAAGAUAUGCUGCUUCCCAUUGCAGCCAUGUUGUCUGUGGAAAAUGUCUUCAUUCGUCCAGGUGAUCCUCAGAAGCAAAAGGAGGCAGAACUUCAACACCAGGAGCUCUCCUCACAAGUGGGAGGAUGCAAUGACUUCGCAACCCUCUUAAACAUUUUUGAACAGUGCAAAGCAAGCAAGUCUCCUUCAGCUUGGUGCCACAAAUACUGGAUCCAUUGGAGAGCUGUAAAAUCUGCUAUUAGUGUGGAGAAACAACUUCGGGAAAUAACCAGCAAACUGAAACAGCUACCAGACUUCCCUAAAGAGACUUUUGAAGGCUCUAGAACUGAACUACUAAGGAGAUGUCUGUGCGCAGGAUACUUUAUCAAUGUAGCAAGAAGAUCUGCAGCCAGGACCUUCUGCACGAUGGACGGACAUGGCAGCAUAGUGUAUAUCCAUCCUUCAUCUACACAUAGGCUGAGCUUUCCCUCUGGCUGUUCUUGGAUUUCCUGGGCAAUUUUGAACACGUCUUGCUGCAGUUUUUCUCUCUGGAAAGUUAAGUUAUAUAACCAGGAGACUCGACUUGAGUGGAUUAUCUUCCAUGAUGUCACAGUGACAUCCAAAAUCUAUGUCCGGACAGUGUGUCCUGUUCGCUAUGAGUGGGUCAAGGACUUGUUACCCAGACUGCAUCAGAUUGAUGCCUAUGAGCUGAGCAGUGUGGCACGGGAAGAAGUAACCGAAGAGGAAAUAACCAGGUGGAAACAUAAGGAGGACCUCAGAAGGCAGUGUGAAGGAGCCAAAGACAACCCUGCCAAGAAGCUGGAGAAAAGGAAUGAUGAUAAAUCCAUUCAGGAUGCCCGAGCUCGCUAUCUUGAGAGAAAGCAGCAAAGAGCACAGGGUUUAAGUGGCCCAUUGAAAGAAGCGAGCUAACGCUCACGGCUGCUCUGCUCUCAGUAUUAGGACAGGCAGUUCUGACUGUGUUUGCAUAGAGCAAAAUGGCUACUUGGAAUGAUGGAGAAGUUCUGCUCUGUGGUGAGUUGCACUGCUGAGGUGUGCAGAGAUGAUCAUCUCUCCUGCAUUUUGUAAGGAAAACUUACCAAGCUGAACUUUGUUGCCAUGUGUCACAGGCAACAAUCUUGUGGCUUCCAAUGUGGAUGAAGACACUCUAUGUGCCGUGGUGCCAAUUCUGUGGCAUUUAAUUGACUUAGGAAGGGCUCGGUGCCUUUUAAUAAAACUUCCUUAAAGUUUUUCUUGUUAUUUAAA